AUGAAAAGCCAAUAUCUGUCGAAUAAAAAAAUAUAUGAACUAAUUAAUAGUGAAAAUUAUGAAGGACAUGAAAAUAGCAUUAAGGAAGCAUUUGAAUUUAGAUACACAAAUUUGCUGAACUAUUUAAACCAAGACAAUAAUUAUUAUAAUAUAAUAUCAAUACACCUUCAACAGUUUAUUAAUGAUAAUUUAAAUUUUGGAAAUUUAAAAUCAUAUUUUUUUGGAUUUUCUAAGGAAUUAUUAGUACAUAGUUUAAGAGUUUAUUUUUAUAACGAAUUAUCAGAUAAUGAUAGUUUUAUUUUGGAAGUAAAAUCGACAAAAUGUGACGAAAAAAAUGUAUUGAGUGAGAGUGUAGGCAGCUCAAAUAUGGAACAUGAUAAAAUAACAGAUGAAUAUAUUUUCAAAAUAAUAGAAAAAAAUGUCAAAAUUAUAGAUAUGGAAAAAUUGCAUUUAAUUUAUUUUGACGAAUAUUUUUAUAUUUUUAAAAAUAUAUUACAUGUACUAAAAAGUUGUUAUAUUUUUUAUGCAUAUACAAAAUAUAAAACAGAUGAUUUAGAAUUUGAAGAUAAUUUAAUUUAUCAGCUUUUUAAUAUAAUUGAAAAAAAAAUAAAAAUUCAAAAUUUUAUACAAAUUUAUUUUGAUACAUAUAAUGAUACUAAUAAUUAUUUUGAAUUAAUAAAAACAACACAUACAGAAAAUUAUCCAUGGUUAUAUAAAUAUAUAUUAUUAUUUUUAAAUAUUCAAAUAUAUUGUAUAAAUAUAUUUUUUUUUUUACAAUUAAGAUUAAAAAUAUUAUCAAAAAGUAAUUUUAAAACGCUUUUAAAUAUUUUCUUAACAACCCCUAGUACUAACACAUCUAACGAUAUAAUUUCUGACGAUAUUAUUAUAUACACAUUAAAACAAAAAGAAUAUUCUAUAUUUUUUUUAUUAAUCUCAAUAAAUGAAAUAAUAAAAUUAGAAGAUAUAAAUAAAUAUAUUAAGUCACCAUUUUCAAAUAAUUUAUUUAAAUUUUUUUUAAUUUUUCAAAAAAAUCAAAAUAUAUCAAAUAUAUAUGAACAUAGUAUACAAACAGUUGCUAAAUUUUUACCAGAUUUUUAUGACAUUCUUACAAAUUUUAUUUUUAUUAAAGAUAAUUUUGUAUAUAAAAAAAUAUUAGGAGAUUUAAUAAAUAAUUCUCUUGUUAUAGAUGAUACUGAUGAUAGAUACAUCAAUAGUGAUGAUAAUGACAAUAACUCAAUUCUAAACAAUGGUAUCAAAAUAAAUAAUAAAAUUUCAGAAUCAAAUAGUAUAGAUGUUGAUAGUAGAAAUGAAUAUGUAUUAGAGAGAGAUAUAAAUAAAUAUUUGGUAAAAAAUAUGAAAAAAUAUAUUAAAAAAAAAGAAUUUUUUAAAAAUAAUAUAGAUGUUGACAUAUUUUUAAAGGUUUGUAUAUCUCUUUUUAGUGAAGAAGAUUUUAUUUUAUUUAUAAAUGAUAUUAAAAAAUGUUAUAAAAAUAUAAAAACAUGUUUAGAUUAUAUUAAAGAUGAUAAUAUUCAUAAAAAUGUAUUCUCAUUGAAAUAUUUUUUUAAUUCAUAUAAUUACAAAAAUACAGAAAUUGUUACAAAUAAAAAAGAAAUAAAAAAAUAUAUAUCACCUUAUAUAUAUAUUGAAAGUAAAAAUAUAAUAUUAGAAAUGUCAACCUUUUUUUUUGCAUAUGACUAUUUAAAGGCGUAUGCAAGUGGUAAUGCGAAUGUGUCGGAUGGGCCAGAUGUGAUAGGCCAAUUGAGAGGCGAAGAGAGUGGGGAAGAGAUCGGCGAAGAGAGUGGGGAAGAGAUCGGCGAAGAGAGUGGAGAAAACACAGGAAUGUUUCAUCCUGUUAUAUUAUAUAAUGUAAAUAAAUUGUUAUUAGAAUUUUUUGGAAAUAAAAUUUGCAAUUUUCCUAUCCACACACUAAUAAUGUUUAACCAUAAUUUAUUGUCUAUAUAUCGAAUUUUAAAUGUUUUGAUUGGAACAAACACAGAUUUAAUAAAUUUUGAAGAAAUUGAAAAUAAUUUAGAAUCAUUAUCUAAGAUAAGCAAUAAUACAGAUAGCAUAAUUACCAUUUUAGAAGAUACGUUAUAUUUUAAAAUAACAAAUAUUAUAAAAAAUAAAAAUUUAGAUAUAAAAAAUAUAUAUAUUACAUAUAUAGAAUAUUAUUAUAUAUUAAUAGAUUUUUAUAGUAAAUAUUUAUAUAAUAAUUAUGAUCGAGGAAAUAAAAAAUUUUUUGGGAAUAAUAAUUUUAACUUAUGUUUUUUUAAAAAUAUUAUUAUAUUUUUUUGUAAAAUAUUAAAAAUUAAUAAAUGUUUUCCAUUAUUAAUUGAAAUAAAAUUAUUUAAUUAUUUUAAAUUACCUUAUGGGAUUCAAAAUAGUUUUGUUAGUAUAUUUACAUAUUUAUUAUUUUUAUCUUUAAAAUAUAAGGAGCUUCAAUCUUUUACCUAUGAAAUCGUUAAAACGUUGUUGUUUCUUGUUAAAAAAAUUAAUAUAAAUAAAUUGAAUACAUAUUUAUUUCAGAUAUUUUCAUAUUCCGAAUAUAAAGAAAUGGAAAGAAGGGAAAUGGCAGCAAAUGUGAAUACCGACAUGGAUAACAACAACAAUAGCAAUAACAAUAUCAACAACAAUAAUAACAUAUUCAAUUCAAGCGUUUUUUUAAAUAAUAAUUCUGAACAUGGUCAGAAUAAUAACGACACUUUUGGAAUCUUUCAAAAUGAUAAUAUAAAUUGUGUUAACUUUUCGAACUUUAAAAUCGAAAAAGAAUCAAUGGAUAUAAAAGAAAAUUUUAGAAUUGACAUAUCCUUUUUGAAAAUAUUUUUUUUAAUUGAUCAGGUUAAAACUGUUCGGCUACACAAAAAUGGCGAAAGCGGCGAAAAUGGAGAAAAUAGCGAAAAUGGCGAAAGCAGCGAAAACGGGAAAAAAGCAAACACUUCAAAAUAUGACGAUUUAAACGCCGAGUUAAACGCCGAGUUAAACGCCGAGUUAAACGAAGCGAACAGAACCCAACGAAGUAAAUACGAAUAUAACAAUUUUUAUAAUUCGAAUUUGAAUUCAUAUGAAAAAGGUGUCAAGUCAAAUCACGAAAUUGAAGAUAUCAGUUUCGAAGAUGUUUUUAUCAUUACCUUAAUACAUUUGUGUGAAAUAGAUAAUAAUAAAAUAAAUUUUGUUACAGAUUUGUUAAGAUUAUAUGAUGAAGAAAAAAAGAAAAAUAUAUUUCCAUGUACAGAAGGAAUAUUAAAAUUAUUUAAAAAAGUAAUAAAUAAAAAAACGGGUAUAUCUUUUUAUUCAAAUGUUUAUAAAUGUUUCCAAAGAAAAAUCGAACAGAUAUUAGAUAGUAUUAAUAUAUUAGUAAAAAAAUGGACAAAAUGGACCUUUGAAAAUUGUGAUAAUGCAUUUAAAAGAGAAAAAAAUAUUAAUAUAAAUAAAUUAGUAAAUUUAUUUUUUAUAUCAUUUUAUAAAUAUUUAAAAAAUUAUUUUUUAAUUAUAAAUAAUUUUUUAAAUAAUAUUAAAAUAUAUAAUAGUAACAAUACUUUUGAUGAAUUUUUCUUUUUUAUUUUUUCAAAAUAUAUAAACAAAAUAUUUAUAGAUAAUUUUUCAUCCUCUUUUAUAUUUAGAAUUUCAAAAUUCACUAUUUUAAAUACAACUUUAUAUAUAAUUAAUUAUAUGCUCAAAAUAUCAGAAAAUGUAAAUAUACACACAAUUAAAGAAUUUUACACACAUUAUAAUAAUCAAAAUAAAUUAUGUUUACAAAAUGGAAAAAUAGAAAAAAGUCACAUAAGAAAUAAUAACUCAUUUUUUUUAUCUUAUUCAAAUAUUGAAAAUGAUCAAGAUGUUGGUAAUAUUAACACAGAACAUACUCCUUAUGAUUUACAAUUAAGCAAAAAAAAUACAAUAAUUUUUAACAAUUUUGUUAAUAAUAUAAUUAUAAAUCAUACAAAUUUACUUAACAAGCCAGAAUUAUAUUUACACAAAAAAAUAAAUGUUUUCCAACUUCAUAUGCUAAAUGAAAAUGAAUAUUUAUCUAAUACGACUACAAUGAAUCAUAUCACUGAUUUUUUAUGUAUGCAAAAGGAAUCAAUAAAUAAUAAAUUAGGUUUUUCAAAUUAUAGAGAUAAUAUUGAAAAUAACUUUGAAAAAAGAUAUUCAAAUAAUAUAAAUUUGGAAUAUGAUAAUAAAAUGAAUAGUGUUGAAAAUUUAUUUCAAAAACCAGCUAUAAAUUUUAACCUGAACGAUAAUGAUUUUUUUGAAAAUGAAAAUGUUUCUAACAAAUAUAAAAAUUACGAUAAAACUCGUUUUGAUACUAAUGUGUUUUUUGAAAAUAAUUCUUUAAAUAUGGUACAUAAAAAUACAAUAAAUUACAAUUUAAUAUUUCUAAAAUUUUUUUGUCAUAUAAUAAAUAUAUUGGAAAUUAUUUUUCAAAAUAAUUAUGUUUUUUUUUUGAGUGAUUUUUUGCUUGUACAUUAUGAACAGUCAGAAAAAAAUAAGAACAUAUUCAAAUAUCGCCUGAACAAUUCAGAUAAUUAUUAUUCCAUUAUGAAUUUUUUUAUAAAAAACUACAACAUUAAUUAUUAUAAAAAUAAGGACAUAAAUUUGGAAAAUUCAAAGUAUAAAACUUAUCAAAAAUUAAAUGAGGAAAUAAUUAAUCGAGUAUUACUAAUGUAUUCGCUUAUAUUGGAAAUAUGUUGUCGUUUUAAAUUUAUUAAAAAAAUUAAUAGCAUAUCGACAAAUAUAGCUAACCAGAUAUUUGCGCUAUUUGACACGUCACACCCAAUACACAAUUUAUUUUCCAAGGUUUCCCUAAAUUCGCUUCCAAAGAAUGACAUAGUCAGCAAGUCCUUGAACAACGACAUUUUGAGCAUCGAAAAAAAAUAUUCAAAUGAGAAGCGCGAAAUACUAAGCAUAUCAUUGUUUUAUUUUUUUAUGCACAAUUACAAAAAUAUAUACACAUUAUAUGAUAAAUUAAAUAAAUAUUUCUGCUUAAAUAAUUUUAGUAGUAUAUAUUUCAUGUGUAAAUAUAGCAAAGGAUAUUUUCCCUUAUUAUCGAUUAUAACAAUGUUCACAGGAAAAAUCAAAUUUUAUUAUAAUAAAAUAAAUAAAGUCGAAUGUAAAAAUAUGAAAAUUGAAUAUACAAAAAGAAUCUUAAAAAUAUUAAAUUUUUUAUAUUUUUUUAUAAGAGAUAACGAUUUAAUUGAUACAUCAAUUUAUAGAGAAAUAUUUGAUCUGCUAUUUUUUAUAAUAACAAAAUAUUUCGAAAUAGGAAAUAAUAAAGAAGAUAUUUACAAAAGUUAUGAUAUAAAAUCGUGUGAAUUUAAUAAACUAAAAAUUUUUAACUUAUCUAUACAUUUUAUGAAUGGGAUAUAUUUGAAUUUGUUUAACAAAAAUGGUGAUAAAAAUGGUGAUAGUAAUGGUAAUGGCAAUGGUGAUGGUGAUGAUGACCUGUCGGAAAAGAAAGAAAGCUUGUGGAGAUACAUAGAACUACAUUUUAACAAUUUUAUAAAUAAGCUAAAAAUGAACAAUUAUAUAUUUAUUAAAUCAUAUGAAAAUAUGCCAAUAUAUGAUAAGCAUGUGAAAAAAGAGUUGUAUAAUUAUAUGUACAAUAUGAAUAUAAUUAGUGAAAUAUUUGACUUAGUCAUUAAAGGAAUAUAUACAGAAGAAAUGAAUGUUUAUAAAUUUAUAAUUCAAAUAUGUUAUAACAAAAAUAUGUGCAAUAUAUUUUUUAAUAUUAAUUUUCCAAAUUUAAAUAAUUUAUUAAGCUCUUAUUAUAAAUUAUACAAUAAAAAAAUAGAUACAGCAAAUAAUAUAAAAAACAUUUUAAAUAAUAAUAAAAAUAUACUAAUUGAAAAACAUGGAUCUAUAAAUGAUGAUAUAUUAAUUGAAAAUAUAUUUCAAGUUUUCUGUGAAAAAAAUUAUUAUUAUAAAUAUAUACUUAAUUUAUAUGAAAAUAAAAGUGGAAAUGGUCAGAAUGAAGAAAAUUGUAUUUUUGAGAAAAAAAAUAAUUCUUUAUCAAUUAAAAAUGUGUUACAAAGUAAAAUGGAAUUAUUAGAAGAUGAUUAUAUAAGUAAGAGGCUUUUUGAAAAAAAAUCAAAAAAAAAAUAUGGUGAAAAAAAUUUUAUUUUUGAUAUUAAAAAUUAUUGUUAUUGCCUGAACGUUCAGAAAAAUAAUUUACAAAAUAAUACUAAUGUUUUUAAUUUACACACAGAAAAUAAAAAUUUAAUAAAUGGAAAUAUAUAUUGUAAUAAUGAAACAAAUCCUGAUCUUAAAUUAAAAAAUAAAAUAUAUAAAAGUGUAUUAAAAAACGUUGAUGCCAUAUUUUAUGAAAAAAAAAAACAAUUUAAAAAGGAUAGUUCAAAAUUGGAUGGAUAUAAUAUUUCUCAAAUAAAAUUUCAUGAAAAUAAAAAUGAAGAUAAUAAAAUAAGCAACUGGAAUGAUAAAAUAGACAGAAUAUCAAAUAUUAAAAAUAACAAAUUUGAAAAAGAUCAAAGAAAAAAAAAAGAUAAAAAAAAAAAAACAUAUUAUAAUUAUAGUGAAAAUAUUUCUAAAUCAUUUAUGUUUUCAAAAUGUUUUAAAAAUGAAAUAAAAUGCAUGAAAUAUAUUAACAUAACACAAAGUAUUUAUGAUAGCAAAAUACGUUUAUUAUUAUUUUUGUAUAAAUUUAUUAUUAUGUUAAAAUAUAAAAAAAUAUUUGAAACUGAAAAUUAUAAAAGAGAAGAAGAAUUUUAUUUAAAAAAAUCUAAUCAAAAAUUAAAUAUUCCUUUUGUUUUUUUUAUAUAUGAAGCCAUGGCUACAUUUUUAGUAUCUUCCAUCCAGAUAAAUAAAAAUUCAUUUUAUUAUGUUUUGGUAUCAAAUAUUAUUGUAAAUUUAUUUUUUAUCAUAAAUAUGCAUUCUUAUGAACAAAAAAAAAACAAAACAAAACCCUCUUUUAUUACUAACGCGAAUGUAGAGAAUACAAACUAUUUUAGCACCAAGCAAAACGGAAUAAAUAGCAACAUUGCUGAUAAUGAUAAUGAUAACGAUAAUGAUAAUGAUAACGAUAAUGAUAACGAUAAUGAUAAUGAUAAUAACAAUGAUAGCUAUUGCGAUGACGAAUAUGAAAAUAGUUACUAUUGUGAUUUAUUUUUGUAUGAACAUUGUUCACCAAAUAUAAAAAAUAAUAAUAAUAACAUAUUUUAUGUUAUACAUAGAAGAUCGAGUCUUAUUUCUGAAAUAUAUAGAAAGCAUAUGAAAUGGCAAUUACAAAAUGAAGAAGAUAAUAAUAUAUAUAACAGAAUGCAAGAUAAAAAAAAUUCAAAUGAAGAUAGCAAAAUGAUAUGCAAUAUGUCUGUAUUUUUUUCUUUAUUUAUAAGAUGUAUAGUUAUACAUUUACACUAUUUUAAAUUAUAUAAUAAAAAUUAUUAUUUUUUAAAAAAUUUAAAUGCAUUAUAUGUUCCAAAUUGUAUAUUAAAACAUAUUUAUCCUGCUCAGAAUUUUAACAUAAAUUUGUUUAUAAAUUUAUUGGAAGUGUUUUAUGUUUCUAUUCGAUUAUACAAUAAUCAUUUUGUGAAAAUAAAUAAAGGAAGACAGUUUGACAUGGGUUUUAAAUUUGCCGAAGCAGAUAAAAAAGUAAAAAAUAAUAAACAGAAAAAUGGGUUUGAUAGUGAAAAGGGUAAAGAAGUUAAUAAAAAGGUGGUAAGCUAUGUAAAAAAUAAGCAAUUGGAUAUGUAUAGUAGUGGUUAUAGUGACGAUGAUAAUACAUUUAGUUUUAAUAUAUACAUUAGAACGUUGAAAGAAAUAUUAACAGAAUGUUAUGAAUCACAUGACCUGUACAUGCAAAACGAAGAAAAUAAUAAAAUGUCAUAUUUUAUAGAACAUAUAUUAUUAUACUUUUUAUAUAACCGAAUAAAUACUAUAUAUGAAUUAUUAUAUAGUUUUUAUUUUAAAUGUAUAAAAGUUGAAAAAAGCAAAAUAAUUGAUAUAGUUAAUAAAAAUAUAUAUAAAAAUUUAGAGAACAUAUUAUAUGACCAUGUUAAUAAAAUAAAUACAUUUUUAUAUAAUAAUCAAUAUUAUUAUUUUUAUAUUAACACUUUAAUUUUAUUAACAUUAAAUAGACAAAUAUGUUUACAUAUUAUUAAAAUAAAUAUAUUAACAAAAUUUAUAUAUGUUCCAAUAAUAUAUCAUUCUAUCUUUGAUAAUAAUAAGAAUUUUAGUUCUAUUUAUUAUAUAUUAAAUGGUGAGUACAUAAGAAAUAAAAAUCAUAUAACAUUUUGUUCUUUGAUUGUUUUAAUAAUAAAAAUGUUAUAUGUAUAUGCAAAUGAUUAUAAAAAUUUUGAAGAGAAUGUGGAAUUUUAUUUUUCUGAAAAUAAAUCAUAUAAUUUAUCAAAAAAAUUAAAAAUGACUCAAUGGAAUUUACAAGAGACUAAAAAAGACAAAAUGCACACAGACAAUUUAUUCUUUAAAAAUAUGGCAUCUAUAAAUUUGGAAAAAGAUUCCAAAGAAAUGAUAACGGGAAUCCAAAAUGGUGCAAUAAGCCAGCGAAAUUGUUACACCUCAAAUGGUGAAAAUGGUGAAAAUGUUGAAAAUGGCGAAGGCUUAGAUGGGAAGUGUUACACAAAUAAAGAGGUCGUUUUUUUUCUUACCUCUAUAUUUAACAUAAUUGAAAAAUUGUCAGAUAGAAUUAACUUUAUAUUUACAAAAAUCGAAAAAAUAAAUUGUUUAGCAGCCCUGGAAGAGUCAUAUUUAUAUGUCGAAUUACUAACAAAAAUAUCAUAUUAUUGUAAUUUGUAUAAUAUAAAUAAUUUUUUAAUAUCUAUUAUGGAUAAAGCAGUUGAUCAUCAUUUAUUUUAUAUUAACAGAAUUUUAGAGAAAUUUAUUUUUGAAAAAGAAAUGAUAAUUGAACCAUAUAGUCAAUAUGAAGUAUCUGCAUCUUCAAAUAUACAAGAUUCUAUAAAUAAAAAUAAAUUAAGAAAAAAUGGAUUAUCUUUAUUUACACAAAGAGUGUUAUAUAUUUGUUAUAAAUCGAUUCUUAAUUAUAAUACUAUAUUGUUAAAUAUAAUUAAGAAUCAAUAUUUUUCUUAUUCAUAUUUUAUUAUUCAUUUUUAUAUUCUGAUACUAAAAUCUACAAGAUUGGUUACAACGAUUAUAGAACAUUUUGGUCGAAGGAACACAACUUUGAUUCGGACGAUAAAGUCAACUAACGGAGUGUCGAACGUUCCGAUAUGUCUCGAUAUAAUAAAUACGAUAAAAGAAAAAAAAAGAGAAAAAAUAUAUUAUACAAGAGGAGUUGGAGGAAAGACACCUAGUUUUUGUCAAAAUUUAAGUGACAAUAAUUCUAAAAGUGAAUUAUCAAAUAAUUCUGGAGAUAUUAUACAAUAUAAUAAAUCUAUUGAUGAAUAUACAGAUACAAAACGUAUAUAUAAAAAUGAUAAUUUAUUUAAUUUUUUACCAGAAAUUAUAAAAUUAAAAAGAUACUAUAAUAUAUUAAAAGAGAUAUUAGAAAGAAGCGCAUUCCUUGGUGCUUUUCUUUUAGAAAAAUUAAAAAAUUCAUGUGAAGACUCUUGCCUAAAACAGAUAUUGAUUAGCAAUAUUUGCUCUUAUCUGAUUCAUAUCAACGCGACUCUCUUACCCUCCAACAUAUGCACAAACAACUUUAAGAAGAAGUGCACUCUCAUUUACAACUACAUCGUCAACAUCCACAAGAAGUAG